AUGUCUAGAAACUAUUUUAAAUAAAAAGUAUUAUUGACAUUUGGAUAUAAUGGAGCAAACUACCAUGGAUUACAAAUAUAGAAAGGAGUCGAAUUUGAGACAGUGGAAUCAAAGCUUUUUUAAGCACUUAAAGAUUCUGUAAUAAGAAAUUUAAAAAAUAGAAUUUAAUAAUGGAACCUAAUGCUAAUGAUUUAUCAAAAUCAGGAUGGAGUAGAGGAGCUAGAACAGAUAAAGGAGUUCAUGCUUUAUGUAAUUCAAUUGCAGUUAAAUUAUGCAUAAAUAAAGAAUUUUUUAAAGAUGAAGUUUAAUAAAAUGAGGAAGAAAAUGUAUCAAAACAAAGAGAUAAAGCAAAAGUAGAUUAUAAUAAAGUAUUAAAUGUGAUAAAUUCAAAUUUACCAAAUGAUAUUAAAGUUCAUUCAAUAAAAUUAGUAACUCAAGGAUUUGAUGUUCGAAAAAAUGCUAGAUAUAGAUUUUAUGAGUAUAUUGCUCCUGUCUAAAUUUAUUCUGAUAAGAAAGGAGAAGAAAUUUUAGAGAAGGUUAACAAUUUAGUAAAAAAAUUUGUUGGUACACAUAAUUUCCACAAUUACAGUAGAGGUAUGAAAUAUACUGAUCCUUAAUCAAUGAGAUAUAUAUUGUCUAUUUAAGUGGAAUUGUUCUAAUAUUAAGAUAAAGAAUUCUUUAAAUUUUUGAUUCACGGAUAAAGUUUCAUUUAUCAUUAGAUUAGAAAGAUGAUGGGAAUUGUUAUUUAAAUAUUUUAAGAAGAAUUGCCAGAUACAUUUAUUGAUAACACAUUUUUCAAAAACUAAUUAAGAAUUAUUUUAGCUCCAGCUGAUGGAUUAUUCCUUAAUAGAAUUAGUUUUGAGGGAUACAAUACCAAAUUUGAUAUUCCUUAAAGACUUGAAAUUGAAGAAGAAGAUUAGAUUAAAAUUGAUUAAUUUCGACCAAGUAAUAUGUAUUAUAUGUUUAGUUAUUGUGAAUUUUAUUUGUGAAUAGGAGAUUAAAAAUUAAGUCUUCUCAAAUUGGUUAAAAGUCUUAAAAGAAAAGAAUUUCAAUAUUGAAGAGGAAGAAGAAAAUAAUAAUAAGGCUGAAAACGAUGAUUGAUAAUAUAAAAC